AUGACCAAAGAACUGCUCCGCUGGGAAGACAGCCCUGGUNNCUUGCACCACUGUCCCAAGUGCCAGACUCCCUUGAACAACCCAAGAGCCAAAAACACCUGCUACCUCAAGCAUGUGGAGAUAUGCCCACUGUUUCACCAGCACUUCUUCAUGAUCGGUAAGUCGACCUGCUCUACCCGCGAUCUCAUUCGGCGUUUUUGUUUGUUUUCCCUGGUUUGCGAUUUUCGAAGAACCAGAGCAUUGAAAGAUCGCGAAACUAAUACUGGUAAAUACNNAGGCCAGGCACACAACUGCGAUACCUGUCGCCGCAACAACAGUGCCCACAAUGAGCGCCACAGACAGCUUGCCUUGCUCCUCCGCCAACUGGUCCAACUUCAGCAAGAACAAGGCAUUGAGCCCAGCGGCNNUUCCCUAGCUCCCCCUUUCUCGCCUACCAGCAAAAGAGCUUCCAACUCCUGGUCCGCCGACUCCGACCCCGAGACUACUCCAAAGCUCAAGAAGCGAGAGCGUAAGAAGGCGAAGAAACGCAUCAAAGCGUUAAAAGGAGGAGACGCCCUCACCGCAGCCGAAGUGGCCGUUAUCGCCACGGCUCUGCACCCUCCCUCUCGCAACGACAGCACCUCUUCGACUUCGUCCUUGUCGACCAAUGCUACCGACAGCAGCAGCCAGAGUACCGAUAGUGAUGACUCUGUGCCCAUCCCUGGCUCGCCCAAUUCACCCACCAGCCCCGUUCCUGAGAGCCCAUCCUUCAAUCACCUCAUGAACGCAAACAAAGCCUUNUGCCCCGAUGUCAACGGCAAACUCAACUCUGCUCGUAUGUCUCUGCAGAAACAACUUCUCUUCGUACUGGACGAGACUUACCCUCCUUUGGACAUCUCGGUCGAGAAUGCCAUGCAUGCUCUCAACAUCCCUGAUAUCGACGCCAAGACACCCAAAUGUGUUGUUGAGCUUGUGGCAAAGAUCAAGGAGGCUGUCAAAGAGGAUCUGUUCUGCGCCGAGUGUGAUGUGCGCAAGUUCCGUCUCAGAGAGGCUGGAUGGUAUCGCUUCGUUAACCGCAGCGUGUUGGCUUUGAAGGAGGAGUGA